UGGGUUCUAAUACUUGUUGGAUAUCUAUCUCUCGUUUACACCAUAUUAACACUAACAAUAUGGAGUAAUGAGGAAACUAUGUACUCUAAUAUAGCAACAAGGUGUUCUUCUCUAAAUGACGCUUUCGAUGAAGUGUCUUCUAUGGGUUUGACAGGAGAAAAUCUAAUCACUUACUUCCAAAAUAACUCUAAAAGCAUUUUAAGUGACAAAAUGUUUUACCAAGAACAUCAAGUAAAUGAAAAAGUAAACGAUUCGACAAAAUUAUAUGAAAUCCUACGUUAUUACUUAUUUAAUUCAAGUGUUAGUAAUAAUUGUUCAUUGGAAAAUUCUAUUCCUGCAAAAUUAACAAAAAAUGUCAAACCAAUUCCAGUUCAUUCCCAUAAUGAUUAUUGGAGAGACUUCCCUUUAUUUGAAGGUCUGGCAGUAGGAGCUACUAGCACUGAAGCUGAUGUUUGGAUAAUUAAGAAUAAGCUUCCAAAGGAUACUGACUUAGUUAACGAAUGGGACGCUUAUACAUUAGCUGUAGGUCAUAGUAAACACGGAUUGAAGCCAGAGAUUGAUAAUCUCGAAUCAUUGUAUACAGGACCGUUAUUGGAAUUGCUAGAUAGUGUUAAUUGCAACGAUACUAGUGAUAAAAAUUCUGAGCCUAGAGGUGUAUUUUAUGAUUAUCCCAAUACUACUGUAUUUUUGCACAUUGAUUUUAAAUCCAAGGAUAGUAAGUUAGUUUAUGACAUACUUAUGAACAAGUAUUUACAACCUUUGAUUCAAAAAGAUUAUGUUACUUAUUAUGAUAUGGAGAAUUCGGAAAUAAAAUGGAAGCCUGUAACGGUAGUUUUAACUGGUGCCUCCCCAAACAGUCUAUCGAUAAUUGAUGGUAAUGAUUUAGAAAAAGGUUACUUUCAUGAUAAUAAAAGAUAUGGUUUUCCAGAGUCUGUUUUGGAUGACCUGGAUUCAACAGAUAAUGGAUUCUCUCUAGCCACUUCUACAUCUUUUUCAAAACUUUUGAAAGAUUGUAAGUCAAGUGUUUCCAAAGUAAAGACACAAGGUAAACUAUCAGAUGAUCAAAUAAGUUGUAUUAAAAGGUUUGUUGAUGAUGCACACGGAAAGAAUUUGAAAACAAGAAUUUGGGAUGUUCCUGAGGGUCCUGAUACGUUUACAAAAGAAGUUUGGACUCAAGAAAUUCAUCAACUAGGAAUUGACCUUCUUAAUGUUGAUGAUCUUUUCGAAGCAUCAAAAUUAUUUUAG